GAGACUGCUAGGUGGUCCUCAGUUGCAUCUGAAACUCUGGAGUCCGAACCGCCGUGUUGCUUGGUCUCUUCUGCUGAAGCAGUCAGGCCAACGACCAUGUGAGAGUGUACAUCAGCCUGUGCAGGGCAACGUACGCACACGCAGAAAGCAUGCCAGUGCCCCAAGCGCGCGCAUGUGAAUAUAUGCAACAUCAGACAUGUCUCCGGCCGGCCUCCCAAGGCAUAAGAUGGCUCCGUCCCGUGCGCUCCACCGCCCAUCUCUCCUCGCUACGGCGGCGGCGCUGCUGCUGCUCAUUCUCCCUCCAUCAGCAGCAGCAGCAGUGCCGGCGCCUGCUCUCUUCAUCUUCGGAGACUCCCUCGUGGAUGCGGGCAACAACGACUACCUCGUGACCCUUUCCAAGGCCAACGGACCACCGUACGGCAUCGACUUCGAAUCCUCCGGCGGCAACGGCAAGCCGACGGGAAGGUUCACGAACGGGAUGACCAUCGCAGAUAUCAUGGGUGAGUCCCUGGGGCAGAAAUCUCUCGCUCCACCCUUCCUGGCUCCGAACUCGAGUGCUGCGAUCACCAGCAGCGGGAUCAACUAUGGCUCUGGUUCUUCUGGCAUAUUUGACGAUACCGGUUCCUUCUAUAUCGGAAGGAUUCCGCUAGGGCAGCAAGUCAGCUACUUCGCAAACACCAGGUCACAGAUGCUGGAGACCAUGGACGAGGAAGCCGUAGCCGAUUUCUUCAGCAAGGCUCUCUUUGUUAUAGUAGCAGGGUCCAACGACAUCUUGGAGUUUCUUUCGCCGUCAGUACCGUUCCUCGGACGAGAGAAGCCUGAUGACCCAUCGCACUUCCAGGACGCGCUGGUUUCCAACCUGACAUUCUAUCUCAAGGAGCUGAGUGAGCUGGGGGCCAGGAAGUUCGUCGUGUCCGACGUCGGGCCGCUCGGCUGUAUACCCUACGUCCGUGCUCUGGAGUUCAUGCCCGCGGGGCAGUGCUCGGCGUCGGCGAAUCGAGUCACCGAAGGCUACAACAGGAAGCUGAGGAGGAUGGUGGAGAAGAUGAACCGGGAGAUGGGUCCGGAGAGCAAAUUCGUGUACACGGACACGUACAGGAUCGUUAUGGCGAUCAUUCAGAACCACCGCCAAUAUGGUUUCGACGACGCGCUGGACCCGUGCUGCGGCGGCAGCUUCCCUUUGCCUCCGUUCCUCUGCAUUGGAGCCGUCGCCAACCGCUCCAGCUCGACGCUGUGCAGCGACCGCUCCAAGUACGUGUUCUGGGAUGCGUUCCACCCGACCGAAGCCGCCAACCUCAUCGUCGCCGGCAAACUCCUCGACGGCGACGCGGCUGCCGCCUGGCCUAUCAAUGUCCGCGAACUGUCCCAGUACGAGCACAAAUGAUUGAUGUCGACGACGCGCGCGAUGUGAAGGCCGGCUGAACGAUUCAUUGGUUUUGUGUCCUUGCUGUAGUUUCGUCUGCCUUGUUGGGGUUUUCUAGGCUAGGCUUUUAUUUGCUUCAAUUUCGUAUGGUUGACUAGGACUGCGUGCAAAUUGGUCAAUUUAUUCCAUGUUGACGGGAAGAACGCGAGUGCAAUUUCUUCUUUCUCUACUUUUUCUAGGGUUUGGAUCAGUUUCUUCUUGCUCUAUUUUUUCUGGGGUUUGGAAAGACUGGAAGAAAGAAACAGCCGCCUUCUGGUGUGUAGACU